UUAGCAGAAAAAAGUAGAAACAUACUUGAAACCUCCAUGGUCAACAAAACCCAUAAUUCCCUGAUCAGAUCAUGGCUUCUUCAGUUAUUACUUCCUACUACCCACGUCUCUAUAAUUAAUCAUCAAUAUUCAUUCAAUUUCAACUUCAAUUCAAACCCCAUAGCCAUAUAUCUCUAAUUCCAUCAAUCCCUAGCUUGAUGUAGAUCACUUGCCAUGAUCAUCCUCAUCAUCGAAUCACAGAACCCUAAUAAUUAACAUUUUUUACAGCUAUGGCUAUGGCUAUGGCGAAUAAUAAUACUGCUGUUGUCAUCAUCAUCUUCAUCGCAUUCUUCGUCGUGGAUUCUGAUUCUUCGUCUUCCCCGCCGGUUCUUGUGGAAGUCGACGCGUCCGGCAACGGAGACUACCUGAAAAUCCAGGACGCCAUUGACGCUGCAGUCCCGCCAAAUAACUCUCACCAUUUCUUCAUCCUGGUGAAGCCUGGAAUUUACAGGGAGAAGAUCCUCGUACCUCACGAUAAGCCCUUCGUCACUCUCAGUGGCACCAAUGUUUCUUCUUCUUCUCCGACUGUAAUCACCUGGGCGGACUCCGGCGACAUUUUCCGGUCACCUACCGUCUCAGUCUUCGCUUCCGAUUUCGUCGCCAGAUUCCUCACAAUCCAGAACAGCUAUGGCGUGGGGGCGAAGGCCGUGGCGCUGAGGGUUUCCGGCGACCGGGCGGCGUUCGUGGGGUGUCGAAUUCUGUCGCAUCAGGACACGUUGCUGGAUGAGAGAGGGAGGCAUUACUAUUUGGAUUCUUACAUUGAAGGAGAUAUUGAUUUCAUUUUUGGGAAUGGAGCUUCCCUCUUCGAGAAGUGCCACUUGCACUCGGUGGCGGAAGGGAACGGAGGAGGAGCCAUCACGGCGCAGCGGAGGCAGUCGCCGGCGGAGGAGACGGGGUUCACUUUCUUGAACUGUAAGGUCACCGGCGCCGCCGCCGGAGCUGCUCUGCUCGGCCGCCCUUGGGGCAACUAUUCUCGCGUGGUGUUUGCCCGGAGCUACAUGUCCGCCGCCGUCGGAGCUCAGGGGUGGAACGAUUGGGGCGCCCCCGCCAAACAAAGGUGUUGGGUGCAGGACUGUAUAUUACGGGGAGUACAGAUGCUACGGAGCAGGGGCGAGGACCGGCGGGAGGGUGAAAUGGUCGCGGCAGCUGUCGGAGGAAGAAGCGGCGCCGUACUUGACGGAGGGGAUGAUAGGCGGCACGUCCUGGAUUAAAUCUCAACCGUCCCAUUUUCGCCGCUUUUCAAGGGCGCAUGUGGGCCGUAGGAUCAACGGCACCACACGAGCAAUGCUUUUUAAUCAUUUGUACCACCGUUGAAUUUGAAUCCUUGGAAAUUCGUGCCACACGAGUUAAUGUUUAAUUUUUAUUUAAUUUGUUAAUGACGUGGAAUUUUAUGGGUAAAAAAUCCACCACUUGAUAAUUUUUUUAAAAAAAAAAACGAAAAAUGAUUUAAUAUGAUUUGAUGGAACGAAAUUUAGACGUUCAUCGACCU